UUUGAUCAAAUUUUCCCUCUCAAUGGUGUUGCAAUAGCCCACCUGCAGAGAUCUUCGGUUCGACACUGGCGAAGAAGUAUCUGCAAGCAGUACGGAGUAAUAAGGAGUUGUUGACCCCAGUCCACCAACCAAGGACACUGGACUCGGCGCCCCUCGCUAUCCUUUUCCGCCAGCUGCAGCGGCCUCUCCGGACCGAGACCAGACCCUUUGUUGAAAAUUUUCAGCCUCAAUUUCGAAAAUAUCACCCGGGUGCUUUAUGUCGCGCAAGUCUUCACUCAACAUUUUCCCCCUUUGUUUUCACGAGUUGUCGUCGGGCGAUACAACCUUCGCCUAGUAUCUGGGCUAAGACAUGGGGUGCAUGACUGACCCUGUGGUUGGGCCUCUCCAGUCUCCAGUCCAGAGGAGAAACUCAAACAGCCCUCAACUCCUCACACACAGCUGGCCCUCCUCUCCAACUUGGCAUGACGACAUGGUUUCGUGCGGGGGAUGCUCCAAGUCUUGGUCAUGUGCCUAUGUUACUAAACAAGCUCUGCACGUUUUAUCCGUACGUAUUACAGGCACCACAGGAAAACUUGACAAUGGGCCCGUCUUCGUAGCAUUGAGCUGCAGCGACCCAGCUGUGUUCUUCUCCAUGCUCCGGGGCCCCGCGGUCGCCAGCCUCUCGCCAGCAAGUCAGAGGUCGAGCAUUGUUGCUGUCCGCAACAAGACCCACAGGCUCGGCCCACCCCCACGUCCUCGAUACGUUGCUCGAUACGUUGUGGGAAGCGACAGACAUCACCAUCGACAUCAUUCUGCGUUGCAAGUGACGACGUUGCGAAGCGGCCUGUGUGGAGUUGGAGAUCCAUUGCCAGUGGAAAAAGGCAGUCCUUGUCCUAGGAUGUUAUUUCAACGAUCUUGUGACGGAUUGUGGGACAAAGUGAAAGCAAAACCCAAUAUCAACACAAUAAUCUUAGUCCAUCUCGCCGGGAGGUUUUUCAUGAGUGCCGGCGCGCAGGUCUUUAAAAGCGAGCUCCCGAACAAAUACCCUGGAGAUGCUACUAGCGCUGACCUACAUUGGUGUGAUGAUGAGCCUACCUUACAGCGGGGCUAGGCUCGAUUGAGAUUCUGCCGUUAGCGGUGAAAAGGUAACACCGGAAGGGUGAGAACCUGAA